AUGGCCACAAUCGAUGGAAGACCGGCGCAAUAUGGGAUUUCUCUUAAACAAUUACGAGAGCUCAUGGAGCACCGUGGCAGGGAAGGUGUAGCGAAGAUAAGUGAAUUCGGUGGUAUUCAUGAGAUAUGCAAGAAGUUAUACACAUCUCCGAACGAAGGCCUAAGUGGGUCCAAAGCUGAUGAGGAGCACAGACGUGAGACAUUCGGCUCGAAUGUAAUACCACCGAAGCCACCAAAAACAUUUCUAACACUAGUCUGGGAGGCGCUUCAAGAUGUAACACUUAUUAUUUUAGAGGUAGCUGCAUUAGUAUCACUUGGUUUAUCAUUUUACAAACCCGCCGACGAGGAUGCACCUUUACUUCAAGAGGAGGACGAACACCAUGGUUGGAUCGAGGGUCUGGCUAUCCUUAUUUCGGUCAUUGUAGUUGUGCUAGUUACAGCGUUCAAUGAUUAUUCAAAGGAACGACAAUUCCGCGGCCUUCAGAGCCGCAUCGAGGGUGAGCACAAGUUUUCCGUUAUACGCGGCGGCGAGGUGUGCCAAAUUUCCGUUGGUGACAUUCUUGUGGGUGAUAUUGCCCAGAUCAAGUACGGCGACCUUUUGCCCGCUGAUGGCUGCCUUAUACAAAGCAACGAUUUAAAGGUGGACGAGUCUUCGCUAACUGGCGAGUCUGAUCAUGUGAAAAAGGGUACCGAUGUCGAUCCCAUGGUUCUAUCCGGCACCCACGUUAUGGAAGGAAGCGGCAAAAUGAUUGUGACAGCCGUGGGUGUCAACUCGCAAGCUGGCAUUAUUUUCACUCUGCUUGGCGCCGCCGUCGAUGAACAGGAAGCGGAAAUUAAGAAGAUGAAGAAAGAAGCUAAAAAGGCGAGCAAGCAAAAGAGCAAAAGCUUGACAGGUGAGAACGAUGGCCGCACCCCAAUGAAAGCCGCGGCACAUCCGCCACAGACGACGCAGAGCGAGGUUAUCAAAUCGGAAUCGGAUGGCAAUCAUGUUCAGCAACCAUCGACAUCAACCGCUGAAACGGGACACAAGAAGGAGAAAUCUGUGCUGCAGGCGAAACUGACAAAGCUGGCAAUACAAAUUGGUUAUGCAGGCUCCACCAUUGCCGUGCUAACGGUCAUUAUUUUGAUAAUACAGUUCUGCAUCAAGACCUUUGUGAUCGAUGACAGACCAUGGAAGAACACAUACGCCAAUAACCUUGUGAAGCAUUUGAUUAUUGGUGUCACAGUAUUAGUGGUGGCGGUACCCGAGGGCCUGCCGCUAGCCGUAACACUAUCUCUAGCCUAUUCGGUUAAGAAAAUGAUGAAGGACAACAACUUGGUGCGCCAUUUGGACGCCUGCGAAACGAUGGGUAAUGCCACUGCCAUUUGCUCUGAUAAGACUGGUACACUUACGACCAACCGUAUGACCGUUGUGCAAUCGUAUAUCUGCGAGAAAUUGUGCAAGGUUCUGCCAACACUUACUGACAUACCACAGCACGUGGGCAAUCUGAUCACCAUGGGCAUAUCAGUGAACUCCGCCUACACCUCGAAUAUAAUGUGUCCAAAUCCCGGUGAUUUGCCGGUACAGGUGGGCAACAAGACCGAGUGCGCGCUGCUGGGCUUUGUCCAGGCUCUGGGUGUUAAGUAUCAAUCGAUUCGAGAUGAGAUUCCCGAGGAUAAGUUCACACGCGUCUACACAUUCAAUUCGGUGCGUAAAAGCAUGGGUACGGUUAUUCCUAGACCGAACGGUGGCUAUCGGCUCUACACCAAAGGUGCAUCGGAGAUCAUCAUGAAGAAAUGCUCCUUCAUCUAUGGCCACGAAGGAACUCUGGAGAAGUUUACACGUGAUAUGCAAGAGCGUCUUAUACGCGAAGUGAUCGAGCCAAUGGCAUGUGAUGGCCUGCGCACCAUUUCGGUGGCUUAUCGUGAUUUUGUGCCCGGCAAGGCGGCUCUCAAUGAGGUGCACAUCGACGGCGAGCCCAAUUGGGAUGAUGAAGAGAACAUUAUGACGAACCUAACCUGUCUGUGCGUUGUCGGAAUUGAGGAUCCAGUGCGCCCCGAGGUACCCGAUGCUAUCCGCAAGUGCCAGCGUGCCGGCAUUACUGUGCGUAUGGUUACUGGUGAUAAUAUCAACACGGCCCGUUCCAUUGCCAGCAAGUGUGGUAUUCUGCGACCCAACGAUGACUUCUUGAUACUGGAGGGCAAAGAAUUCAACCGACGCAUUCGUGACAGCAAUGGCGAUAUUCAGCAACAUCUUAUUGACAAGGUCUGGCCCAAGCUGCGUGUAUUGGCCCGUUCAUCUCCUACCGACAAGUACACUUUGGUUAAAGGCAUAAUUGACAGUAUGGUUAGCGAUAAUCGCGAGGUCGUGGCUGUAACUGGCGACGGCACCAACGACGGACCCGCUCUAAAGAAAGCCGAUGUUGGCUUUGCCAUGGGCAUUGCUGGCACUGAUGUUGCCAAGGAGGCUUCCGACAUUAUUCUCACCGAUGACAAUUUCAGCAGCAUUGUUAAAGCCGUUAUGUGGGGUCGCAAUGUGUACGAUUCGAUAGCCAAGUUCUUACAGUUUCAGUUAACAGUUAAUGUAGUAGCCGUGAUUGUCGCAUUUAUUGGCGCAUGCGCUGUGCAGGAUUCGCCUCUCAAGGCGGUGCAAAUGUUGUGGGUUAACCUGAUUAUGGACACCCUCGCUUCCCUAGCUUUAGCCACGGAGUUGCCGACACCCGAUCUACUGCUCCGCAAGCCAUAUGGCCGCACAAAACCACUGAUUUCCCGCACAAUGAUGAAAAACAUUUUGGGUCAGGCUCUGUAUCAAUUGGUAAUCAUUUUUGGCUUGCUCUUCGUAGGCGAUAUGAUUUUGGACAUUGAAUCUGGUCGCGGACAAGAGCUCAACGCUGGCCCAACUCAACAUUUCACCAUAAUCUUCAACACGUUCGUUAUGAUGACACUCUUCAAUGAGAUCAAUGCACGCAAAAUUCAUGGUCAGCGCAACGUAAUUGAGGGUCUAUUUACAAAUCCCAUUUUCUACACCAUCUGGAUAUUCACUAUGAUAUCACAGGUCUUAAUCAUCCAAUAUGGUAAAAUGGCUUUCUCAACAAGAGCCCUCUCACUUGACCAAUGGCUCUGGUGCGUAUUCUUCGGAAUUGGUACAUUAGUCUGGGGACAAUUAAUCACUUCAGUGCCUACAAGAAAGUUGCCUAAAAUAUUAUCAUGGGGUCGUGGCCAUCCGGAAGAAUAUACUGAUGCCAUGAACUUGGGUGAGGAGCGUUUCGAUUCCAUUGACUCCGACAAGAAGCCACGAGCCGGCCAAAUUCUGUGGAUACGCGGUCUAACUCGCCUACAAACCCAAAUUUCAGUACCGGUAAUAGGCGGCGAAUUGCAAGAACGCUUGAUUCCGGUCCCCUAUAGCAAGAGCAACACUGAUCAAGCUAUUCGCGUGGUAAACGCCUUCCGGCAAGGCCUCGACGCCCGUUACGGUGAGCACACCAACACUUCGCUGGCUGAGGUGCUGCGCAAGCAGACUUCGCUGAGCAAACGCCUUUCGGAGACAUCUUCCAUUGAGUAUGCCGAUAAUAUACCCGAUGAGCUGACUAUACCAGAAAUCGAUGUCGAACGGUUAUCAUCCCACAGUCACACCGAAACUGCUGUCUAAAAGCCAACCAACCACAAAUACCAAAACCAAGCCACAGCCACCCACAUCAACUCACAAACACACACACCUACACGUACUCCCAUACAUGCAUACACAUGAUCCGUAUCAAACAAAAAACAAGAAUGAAAGAAACAAACAAACAUUAAAUGCGUACCAUAUAUGAAUACUUAAUAUUAAUAACUACAUAAUACAUACAAACAAACAUACAAACUACAUACCUACUGAAGGGAAAAACUGCAACAACAUGCAUCCAAAAUUUGAACCACACGCACAUCAACAGCUACAGCAACAACUUCAACAAAUACGAAAACAACAACAACUAGAACAACAGGCGUUCACACACAUGCGCAAAUUACCAAUCCAAAAAGAUCGAUGGGGCUAAAAUAAAAUCUCCAAAGGAAAUAGUUAAAGUUCUCAGAACUGCCAACCCAACGUUAAGAGCUAAAAAUAAAAUGGCGACGAAAUGGCGUCUAAUACGAAAAACCACGAAGGCGGCGGCAAAGCCACCAGCCCCAACCCCCACAACUAAAUUUGGGUCUAGCUUGUGGUAAUAUAUGAUGAUAAUGGUGAAUGAAGAUCAUGAUGAUGAUGAUGAUGAUGAUGGUGGUUAAAGUUAAUGUUUUUUUUUGUUUUUGGAUUGGCCGCCAUUCUUCCGCGCAUUGCCCGAACACACAUGCAUAUUGAACACCUGAGUGUGUGUGUGUGUGAGAGUGUGUGUGCGUGCGUGUGUGUGCUCUCCUCAUCGCCAAUGCAACAAUCUGCAUGCGGCUUGCUAAAUAAGAUUUAAAAUAAAAGUAAAUUAAAAACAAACAAACUAAAAAAAUAAAAACCCAACAAAGCAACCGCUCGGAGUCCUCCAGGUACGCAUGGUGGUGGUAAUGAUAAUGGUGAAAAAAUAUAAAAGAAAAAACAAAAACUUCCGCUCCCAUCUAAGGGAGCUUGUGAGGUAGUGGGCAUAGUUACAUACAUAGACAUAUGCAAUGCAAUACAUACAAAGAAAAAUCUAUACUGUAAGCAAAAAAAACAACUAUCGUAAAUUCGAGUGGCCUAAAGAUACUGAAAGUUGAUUCAACAAAAUACAAAUAAAUACAUACAAUACAAAAAUACAUACAUGAUGUAAAAUGCCUCUACUCCCCCACACAUCUACACACGAACACAAGCGACGCAAGUCAAGUCGCGUAUACUCAAGCCAUUAAUUAUUAUUAUUAUUAUUACAUACAUAUAAUGAAUAAAUGAGUCAAUAACGA